CGCUCUAGCUUCUCACUUCUCACCCGGCUGCUCACGUUGUUCUCUUUACUCCGGCCAUUCAAUCGUUUCCCCACGCUGUCACAUGGCGCUCCAUUAAUAUAUAGCACCACACCACCAGGCCGGCUCCUCCAGCUCCGAGCUCCAAGAACGCAACAGCUCGCUGUACACUGUGCCCGAGCUCGUAGCAUCGGCUAGCCAGUGCGCUCUCUGUGUGCGUGCGCGUGUGUGCAAGCGCGAGCGCGUACGCUUCCACUUCCGGCCGGCAUGUCGGGCAGGUCGUCCAGGAGGGGGAGGAGCGGCGGCGGCUUCACACUGCGGCAGCCGCCGGUGGUGGACGUCGGCUGCAACUGCCGGUGCCCGAAGCUGUUCUCCGUCUUCUCCUUGUCGUCGUCGUCCCUGUUCCGCGGCGGGGGCAAGCCCAAGUCGCCGAACGCCUCCUCCACGUCCACCACCACGGCGUUCACGGCCACCACCGCGGGCGGGCGCAGCGGCACCACGGCCACCUCCACCGACUCCUCCUGGGGCCCCGCGUCGUUCGUCGCCACCAACUCGCUGUACGACGACCCGGUGCCGGCGGUCGUGGCGCCGCCGCCGCAGGAGCGGGAGCAGCAGGAGGCAAGGCGGCGGCGGAGGCAGCAGCAGCAGCACCGCCGGCGCCGCAGGCACGCGGCGGCCGCCCCCGCCCCCGCCCCCGCGCGCCACGGCGCGGAAGACGACGGGCGGCGGGUGGCGCGCGAGAGCGUGGCGGUGGCGGUGGACUCGGCGGAGCCGUACGAGGACUUCCGCGAGUCCAUGGUGCAGAUGGUGGUGGAGAAGGAGAUCUACGCGUGGGACGACCUCAACGACCUCCUCCACCAGUUCCUCUCCCUCAACUCGCCGCGCCACCACCCGCUCAUCCUCCACGCCUUCGCCGACCUCUGGACCCGCAACGGCCUCUUCUGCCCGCCGUCGCCCUGCCAGUUCUAGGCUUCUAGCAAGCCAACCACCUCGCCGCCCAACGCGCCGCGCCGCGCCACGCCACGCCAUGCACGUACUACGCUUGCACACUGUAUUAACCACUAGCUAGCUUACUUCUAGUCUUCGUCUUACCACCACUACUACUAGCUACCUCCGCUCAGAAAUCGUUCCGCCAUUAACGGAGCUCGCAGCCGCAGCUCGCGCGUGACGGGGACACUAUUAACCGAGGUCCCGGCCGGCGAGCUGCAUCUUGCAUAGGUGCCAUGAGCGCCAAAGGACCUGAGCUUAUCAGGCUGACGAGCAGGAGAGAACGAAGGCUCUGCACGAUUAACUGUUGAUGCCUGCUGUAAUUUUCACCAGUGUAACGCAGUAAUUCCAUUUCGUUUGCAAUGCCGUG